AGGCGCCGGCGGCGGCAGCUAUGGCCACGCGCUCCCACUGUGCACUCGCGGCUGCCCUGCUGGCGGCGAUGGCGGCGACGAGCACACAGUCGCCGCACGGACAGGGCAGUGAGCGCAUCACCGACGGCAAACCCGCUAGGCUCGGCCAGUUCCCCCACCAGGCCCUCGUCCUCGGCGACGGGACCCACAUAUGCGGCGGGUCGCUCAUCACCACAACUGCGGUCCUCACCACCGCCUACUGCACCGUCAACUGGAAGAAGUUUACCAUUCGACUGGGAAGCGUUCGUCGGGAUAGGAACGAGACCACGUCCUGGAUCGUGGUCGCGCAUUGGGUCGUGGCCCACCCGGACUACGACACGGAGGGCUACUACGGCCACAACGUCGCUGUCAUAUUCCUGCCCACGAGCGCUCCCCUCAGCAGUUUCAUUGCACUGGUGACGUUACCUUCCUCCAGCGACGUCAAUGAAACCUUCGUGGGAAGAACUGCCUUGCUCAGCGGUUGGGGAAGACAGUUUGCCGGCAAGCCAUUUUCUGACGUUCUUCUGUUUUCUGAGGUGACGGUUAUUCCCAAUUCAGUAUGCGAGCUGCAGUUCGGAGCAGAUACCAUUCUUGAAAGUACGCUGUGUGCCGGAAACAAGUACAGUGGCCUCUGUUCUGGAGAUUGGGGCGGAGCGCUUGUUCUUAAAUCCACAGAUGGCUACAAGCAGAUCGGCAUUGCCAGUUUUUUUCACAGGUGCAAUGAGCCUUUACCUGGUGCCUUCUCCAGGAUUACCUACUACCUUGACUGGAUAAAAAACACUGCUGACAUCACUGCUGACUAAGAAGCUAGUAUCCACUGUCACAAGGUUCCGUUAUUUGAUCAUAUUUCAUAAGUAUUCUAAUUAAAAUUAAAAAAAAUCGGCACAGAACACUUAAUAAUUGGCAAAAAAUAUGUUCUCAGACCACUGUCCACCUGAGUGCUAACAUGGCAUAAAUGAUACGAUCAUUGUUUUUUCUCAGGGAGAAGACUGAACUCGCUGUUCUCGAUUGUAGCAGAAACCAUGUACUUACUGUAGUUCAGUUGUUUUCCUCUCUGGAUGUUCCCACCAAAUGACAAUAUGUGAUUGAAGAAAACUGUUUAUCUCUGUGUCUGUAUGCUUUCAAGCAAUAAAACUGAGAUAUGAGUAAAUUUCUUUUUAGUAAUUUGUGGCUAGAAUGUGUUUACAGAGUAUUGUAAUAUUUAUAUCCUCAAAUCUAUCGAAUAGCUGUUAUUUGUUUCAUGACACCAUUAUAGCGUUACAUUUUUUCGAUGUACCACUGGGUCUACAUUUGGCAACGACCUACACUAAAAAUUUUAAUGGAACGGUUUUCACAGAAUUUUGACGUUGGACAUUGAUUUUUCUGUAUAUUUCAAUGAUUUCAGCUAUUUCCGAAAAAAAUACUGAACAGUUUGAACAUGUCUUAAGAUUUCGUUGAAUUACACACUUUUUUAUUCCCU